CAAAAUAAACAGUGUACUGCAGGUUCCCAAACAUGGAUCUUUCCAAAAGAAAUUAUUUUACAAUGUUAUUUCAGGCGGGUCUGCUGGAACCGCCUCCCUGAGUUUACUUUUCUCCCUGGACUAUGCUAGAACUAGAUUAGCCAACGAUACUAAGAACAUGAAUGGGGUCCGACAAUUCUCUGGACUGGUAGAUGUUUUUCGUAAAACUAUUCAAACAGAUGGGUUCAGAGGACUUUACAGAGGAUUUGGAAUUGCUGCUUUUGGCGCUUUUGUUUACAGGGGCCUUUACUUUGGUCUAUACGAUACAGCUAAACCUAUUCUUUUUAAGCACAAGUCCAGUGUAUAUAAAUCUUUCUUCUUGGGUUGGGCUGUGGUUGCUACAUCUAGUCUCUGCGUGUAUCCUUUAGACACAAUAAAGCGAAGAAUGAUGUUAACCUCUGGGGAGAAAAUCAAGUAUAGGAACGCAAUCCACUGCGGGUCCACAAUCCUCAGGCAUCUAAUCAUUAAAUCAAUCAGAUUUUUCAAAAUUUAGUUUUUCGUAUAAUCUUAUAUUUUUAAGAACACAUAAUAAGAAUAAAUUUAAUGGAGUGGGGAUGAUAAUUGAAAUGUGGGAAUAGCUUUUUCG